UUUGCUCUUACAAUUAACAGACAAUUGCUUUGCCUACACACAGACGCAAAUCGUAUUAUAAUUCCAGCCAGUCUACGAGCCCAUAUCCUAAAACUCCUACAUGAAGACCAUAGGGGCAUUAUUCGAAUGAAGCAGUUGGCAAGACAACAUGUUUGGUGGCUUACCAUAGACGAUGACAUCAAAAGCCUUGCUCAGUCUUGUAGCAUCUGCAAGUGCAACAAUCCUGCACCACUAAGAGAGUACCAAAAUUGGCCAGCAGCAACAACAGCAUGGGUGCGAAUUCAUAUCGACUUCGCCGGUCCAAUCUUUGACGCUAUGUGGCUCAUAUGCGUAGACGCGUACUCACAGUUUGUCAUCCAAAUGUCGUCUACAACAACCGUCAACAUGAUCGCUGCACUGUCUUCGAUUUUCGCCAUCGAAGGAUACCCGAAAAUCAUGGUUAGCGACAACGGUCCUCAGCUUACAGCUGACGCCUUCGAAGAAUUCUGCAAACUGCACGGUUCACUCCAAACGCCCAAGGUAAAACUCCUGCCGAGUUAAUCCACG